UUUCCCCUUAAAAUCUAAUCUACCAAAAGUUAAUUAAUUCCUCAAAGCAAUUUCCAUAGGAUGAACCAUUUAGUUUGCGGCAAUUUCCAACAUCAAGAAGAAGAUGAUUUACCAUGUCCAAGCCCAAGAAAAAUAUCCAAAAGAAAAGAUAACAGAGAAAAUAACCCUUAUGCUUCAAGAGGCUUAGACAAAUUUUCAACCCUUUUAGAUGAACUUGAUCAAAGAAGAAAGAAAGUUUACUCACAAAUGAAUCCACAUGACAUAUCUUUUGUUCGUUUUACAUAUUCAAAAACUGAUGAUUUCGUUCCCAUCGUUGUCAAAGUGAAAAAUCAUAAUCAGAAGAAACACAAGAAUGAUGAAGAACACAAGGUAAAACGUUUUACAUCUUUUUCAGAACCAAUGGAACAGAAACAUAAACAUAAAUAUGUGGAAGAAACAAAACAACACAAGAUGGAAUUAUUAUCUCAUCAUGAUUGUGAUAAAAAGGAAGAGAAGAAGAUUGAAAGCUUUGGAUUGUCUUGGAAUAUGCCUUCUUUUUAUGUUCCAGCUGUUAUGAUAUUGAUUUUGUUGUUGUUGACUGUGUUUGGAAGAUCAUUUGCAACGGUUUGCACAUGUGUUGUGUGGUAUAUAGUUCCCAUCUUGAAAGAUAGUUCGAAUGAUCAAGGAAAAUCAAUAAAGAAGAAGAAUAUAGUGGUGACUGAAGGAAAACAUAGACACCAGAAAAGCUGGUGAAACUAAUCUUUUUAUAUGGGUUUUCUUCUUCUAUUUCUGUUUUUGGAUUUGGGAAUAGGAGUUUUCUUUGUGUAAAUUAUUAUAUGUGUAUGUUUUCUUGGUGAUGUUCUUGAGAUAGGUUGAAAAAUAUUGAUUCAAUCCUUCUAUUGAGGACGUUUUCUGAGUGUAAAUUAUGGUGUGAAAAGGGCUUAUGUAAAUUGAGUAGUUAAUUAGUUAUUAUAUGGCUUUGUAAAGUUCAUUUAUUGAUAAAAAAAAAAAAAAAAAACUUAUCUUUUAA